AUGAAGACGCUAAUGCAGGAGGAGGUCGUGAAGGUCCCGAAGGGCAUCAAGAUUACUAUCAAGUCCAAGGUCGUGGAGGUCACUGGCAAGCACGGUACCCUGAAGCGCAGUUUCAAGCAUUUGCCCAUCGAGCUGCGGCUGGCAAAUAGCAACAAAGAGGUCCGGGCCAGGAUGUAUUUCGCCAAAUCGAAGCAGUUGUCCAUGCUCAACAGUUGUUGCAGCCACAUCUCGAACCUCUUCACUGGUGUGGAGCAGCGCUUCCAGUACAAGCUGCGCCUUGUGUACGCGCACUUCCCGAUCAACGUCACGAUCACGAACGGCGGUGGCACCGUCGAGAUUCGCAACUUCCUCGGGGAGAAGAUCGUGCGCACCGUGAACAUGCUGUCGGGCGUGAAGAUCGAGAAGAGCACGGCGACCAAGGACGAGCUCAUCGUCACUGGUGCAGACAUCGACCUUACUUCGCGCUCGGCCGCCCUUAUCCACCAGUCCUGCCUGGUAAAGAACAAGGAUAUCCGUAAGUUCCUCGACGGCAUCUACGUCAGCAGCCAUGGUGCCAUUGAGGACUGA